CAAAAAAUUAAGUAUCAAUGAUAAGCUACACAAGUAAUUUAAUUAAUACAAAAUAAUUAUUCAACUUAAUGACAAUUUAUUUUAAAAAAUAAGAAUUAAAUAAAAAUUUACUCUUAUUCACCACAAAAAAAAGGUGGAUUCUGAUUCACCACAAAAUGUAUUGCACAAAAACUGAUUUAAUACAUAAUUAAGAACAUGAACAAAAAAAAAAAUGGAAAACAAAAAAAUUGAAUAAUUAAUUGUUAUAUUGCAAAAAAUAUAUCAAAUUUUAAAGAAAAAAAUUAUUGAAAUAAAAACACAUAAAAUCAUUAUUCAGUAACAUCAAAAUAAUUAAAAUAAUAAGAAAGGGUGCUUAAAUAUUCAUGAACGGCAGUGAUAAUAGUAGCACUUUUAAUAAAACUGGUACAAAUAAUCAACCGCCCACAUUAAUCGAUGAUACCAAUGAUAAUUCUAAUAUUAUAACUGAAUACUAUGAUAGUAAUGUACAAUUAGUAACAACAACAGCAAUAAAUACAAUAUCUACAUCAUCAAUUGCAAUUCCUGAUCCAACAACAACAACAACAACAGUAAAAAAUAAUAGUGAAAAUAUAAUAUAUACAAGUUGUAUAACAACAGCUACUGCCACCGGUAGUUAUAGUUAUAUUUCUACAAUAACUGGUUGUGGUAAUUUUAAUAUUGAUAAUAAUAAAAUAAAAAAUAAUAAUUCUGAUAUUAUUUCAAUUAAUAUUGUUGAUAAUAAUAAUAGUAGUAGUAAUUUUGGUGGCGGUAAUAGUGACGUUGUUGUUGUUAAUACAAGCAGUAGUAGUAGUAGUAGUAGUAAUAAAAUAAAAGAAAAUCUUAUUAAUAUUAAUGUAACAGAAGGUGCUUCUACUAUAAUAUCUGGUACUACUGCUGCUACUAUUACAGGUGGUACUAUAACUUUAUGUCAUCGUUUUCAAACACAAUCAAGUACGACGAGUGAUUUACAGCAAUCGACUAGCGCCACUGUUGAUACAGUGGCGACUAGUUCUGGUGGUUUAAUUUUAAAUUCACGUCAAGGUUCAGUUGAUGGUGCAAUGCAAAGAUGCGGUCUAUGCUCAAUAUUAUCAAGAUUACUUAGACGUGCAAUGUGUGUUGGUUCAAGACGUGGUAGCGGUGAAUCAUAUUAUCAGGAAUUACCUGAAACAGUUGUAAGUCUUAAGUUUAUAAUUACAUACAUUUGAAUUCUGUGUAUUACAAUGAUUAUUACUGACAAUAGCAUAGUAAGUGUAUAUUUCAUAUUUAUAUAUAUAAAUUAUAAUAGAUAAUUUUAUAGAAUUUUUAAUUUACAAAAGUACUGCACGAUUUUAAAAGAUUUUAAUAACGUUUGAUUGUUAAAUUUGUCAUAUUAUAAUUUUCAUUAUUAAUCAAAAAUUACAAUAAGAAUUGCAUAUUUACCGGCGUUUGAUACAGGAAAUGCAAUUGUUACUGGAAGAGAUAUUUAAUGAAAUAUUUGUUAUAAAUGGAAUAAUAUUGAAUUACAUUCGAGAUUUUUGUUUUUAAGACUUAUAUAAAAUAGGAAGAGAGAACCCAAAAAUCAUAGUAAUUCUUCAAAAACCAUUAUAAAUUAUUUUUCCUAGGAGGGAUAUACUAUGUCCACAGGGCUGUUGCAUGAUAUCAUAGAGGGCAAUGUCUCAGUUUUCUAAGUUUAAGCAGGGUUUUAACAAGGUAAUUAUUAAAAAUGCCGUAUAAUUUAAAGACUAAUAUUAUAGUUCUAUUUUAUAAACUAAAAUUUUGUUGCCUAAUAUUUUCUUAAUAUAAUUUUAUUGGAAUUUCUCACAAGUGCAUCAAAAUUUCAUUUCUCCAACACUUUUUUUUUCUCAAAACAAGUUUUUUCUUACAAAAAAACAUUCUCGUAU